AUGAAUUUUGAUCCCGAAAAAAUAACCCCAGAAUAUCAUAUUCAACAGGCUGAGCAAGCCUUGACAAAAUUAAAGUCCAUCAUUGAAGAGGCUGACUGGAAAAAGGUUCUUCACAUUAAAUCAGGUGUCGCCGUUUUCAGUAAAAAUGAGAAUGGCGACGAUGAAAAGUUACCUAUAUUUAUGAGUGAACAUAUUAUUGAGAACUUUACUCCCCAUGCGAUUUUCGCCGUCGUUGGAAUGAGGAAACUCUGGGACCCAUGGUACGAGGAGGGCAACCUCGUUGAAAAUUUAGAUAGUACGACAAGCUUAACCUAUAUGACCAUGCAAGUAUUGGCUGGUACCAGAACUAGGGAUUUAUGUUUGGUGGAAAAAAUUGAAUACACUACAGAUGGAACAAUCUAUUUUGCUGCUACCUCAGUUCAAACUCCAAAAGUACCUCGGGUUUCGGAGAGAAUUCGUGCUCACCUAAACCUCAAUGGUUGGGUUAUUCAGCCAAUUUCUCAAAAUCCGCUUCGUACAAAAAUUACUUAUGUACUUCAGAGCAAAGCUGGAGGUUGGGUUCCUUCGGUAGUAUCUAGAAGAUAUUUAAUAAGACGUCCACUUGUUAUCUACGCCAUCGAUCAAUAUUUACAAAAGAAUGGCCCCACUCCUGUGACAGUCAGUAGUGCUACGAAUUCAAAUCGUCCUUCCCGUAGACCUAGUAUUGCUUCAUCGUUUAAUAGUGUGAAUGUCGUUCAUAAAGAUUUGAAACAUAAUGUCUCAAAAGAUAGAAUAGAAUCACAUAAUAAAUCAUAUAACAGACAAAUUGUUCCUCCAACAUAUUCCCCUCGAACAAUAAAACGAGAUACGAUAGAAGAGAUUCCAGAUAAUUCAUAUGAUAAUGAUGUAAUCAAACAUUUUUCAUCUCCAGAUACGCCUGAAAGUCAAAACUCACCAACACUAGCAACCACACCCCGCCGGCCUAUCAACAAAAAACCGACAACUCCUCCUACUUCAUCCUUACGGUCUCAAACUUCACUAACUUCACUCAAUGGUAAAAGGAAAAAAUCUGUACCAUCACCACUAUAUUUACGUGAUGAUAGAAAGGAAACUUUCGUAUCACCUCAACCAGCGCAAAAAAAGCAUCGAUAUAAGAAUGUCAUAACUAAAGCUAUUGCGCAAUUCAAGGAAAAUGUAAAUUCCAUGGAUGGUUGGCUUUUUUAUAACGAAAGCAAAGGUGUUAAAAUUUACACGAAAGAUGUUGAAGGUAGAUCAUUUCCAAUAAUUCGUGGAGAUUAUACACUUUCUGGUGGGUUCACCGCUUUUGAUUGUUUGUCGGUUCUCAAAAACUUAUCAUUACGAAAAUCAUGGGAUGAUCGUUUCGAUGGUGGUGAAAAUAUAGAAAACCUAAGUAAUACCGAGAACCUUAGCAGAGUUUCAAUGAAGGGAACGUUUCCUAUCAGUGGUCGUGAUUUUGCUUUAUUCGGAACGGUUGAACAUGAUCCAGAAACCGGUAAAAUUGUUUACGUUACGACUUCAAUAAUUGACUCGGCAAUCCCUGAAGUGAAGAAAUACGUUCGCGCUCAUAUCACCUUUGCCGGGUGGCAGAUGGUUCCAAACUUUGAUUAUAAAGGAAAAACGGAAACAUUAAGUCUUAUUUAUAUUGUUGAUAGUGAUGUAAAAAUUGAUUCCAUCCCAACUUCUAUCCUUAAAUCUCUCUCAACUGGGACUCCAAUGGUCAUUCAAAAGAUCGACGAGAUGUUACACGAUAUCGGAUUCCCGCCUUAUGUAUUAAAAUCUACCUCUUUGAUCAUAUCAGAGGAUCUUGACCCAAAUACUUUUCAAGGUGAAUUGUCGCUUGUCGCUGAAAGUAAUAGCGUUACAGAAAUUCGCUUCUCCAGAAAAAUGUAUCCAAAUGGGUUUAUUUUAACGGUUAACCCCGACAGUGCAAAGGUUGAAUUACUUCCGGACAAUUCGGAUACCAUUCGAUUGACGCUUCCCUCAAAAGUUGACACAAAAAAAUUACAUAUUACGAUCACGAAAAGCACAUCUCGAGGUUUUAAAUUGACUUAUAAUGAAGGCAAAGUAAUUAAUGAGGUUCCAAAAGAUACUAAUAAUGAAGUUGGCGCAAUUCCUGUGACAAAAUCUCGAAAGGCAAACAAUGAAAUCAAAACGACACGUCUGGCUCAUUCUACUAAUUCUUCUGCAAAUUCCACACUUGUUGCGAAUAGAAGAAAUAUUGUCAUUAAUGCAUUAAACGAUCAGUUAACAGAUAAUAAUGAAGAUUUAAGUCGGAUCCCAGCAAUAAAUACAAGAAGAAUUGUUUCACCAGAUACAUUUCAAUUCAAAGAAGUACAUAUACAAGAUUCACAAGAUUCACAAGAUUUACAAAAAACGUAUCAACGAUUAGACGGAAAAUACGAAAAACUAGAGGAUGAAACAGAAAAACAUGUUGAGUCCCUUGAAAAAUACAAAAGAAAUAGCGAUAACAAUGAAAUAUUCAUCAUUUCUGAAAACGUGAAAUUCAAUCUACAAGAAAUUUGUUUGAUGUUUGCAGCAAUGUUGUUAUCAUAUUAUGCCGGAAAGGUUAGCGUUUAUCUUGAAAUUUAG